AUGUUUCUUCAGACGAGUAAGUACUCAACGUCACCAGUAGUGGAACCAUUUUUAAAAUUUUUCUACUGGUUAGUUUUAGGCAACAAGAAGCUGCUAAUAGCGUGUGUGAUCGCGACAGUGAUCACGGUCUGUUCCAUCGUGGUACCGAUCAUCGUGGUAAACACGUACGAUGAUGCUCCACCGAAGAUUUCUGGUUUUGCUGGACGGGAUGUGCUCGAUGAGGUUCCUUUAAUUGACGGACACAACGAUCUCCCAUUCAGCAUAUACCUCGUGGAACGCAACCUGAUCAACAACUUCCAUCUGGACUCGAACCUUAAGGCGCACCCAGUAUGGUCUACAGUCAACACGAGCCACACGGACCUUCCUCGAUUGCGCCAGGGUAAGCUCGGAGCGCAGUUUUGGGUGGCGUACGUGCGUUGUGCCGACACGCAGUACAAGGAUGCCGUAGCGCGAACAUUGGAACAAAUCGACGUCACGAAGCGCAUCAUCCGGAAGUAUCCGAACGACCUGAAGUACGUCGGUUCCGCUGACGGCAUCAUCGAAGCGUUCCGCGAGAAGAAACUAGCCUCUCUGAUCGCUGUCGAAGGUGGCCACUCCAUCGACUCGCGGUUGUCGGUGCUGCGGUUGUACUACGAGCUGGGUGUUCGCUACAUGACGCUGACACACUCAUGUAAUACACCCUGGGCCGAUGCAUCUCCGGUGGACGACGUGAGCCCACCAGUGCAGCUGAACAACCUCUCAUCCUGGGGCAGGAAUGUGGUCUGGGAAAUGAACCGACUGGGCAUGAUGAUCGACAUAUCGCACGUCAGCUAUGGCGUCAUGCGGGACGCCUUGCGAUACAGCCGGGCACCGGUCAUCUUCAGCCACUCUUCGGCUCAUGCCGUCUUUGAACACCAUCGAAACGUGCAGGACGAUAUCUUACGUGAGCUCGCUGUGACGCAGGGCAUUGUGAUGGUCAACUUCUAUCCGCUGUUCGUUGGGGGAAAUACCAUCGACGAUGUUAUCAAGCAUCUGAACCACAUCCGUUCUGUGGCCGGUAUCGACCAUAUCGGGCUUGGCGGUGACUACAACGGUGUUGCGGUGACGCCAGAGGGCCUCGAGGAUGUUUCAAAGUAUCCGGAUUUGUUCGAUCUGCUUGCCCAGGGAUCACUUCGCUCGGGCGAAACGUUUGCUCCAUGGACUAGGGAGGAUCUGCAGAAGCUGGCCGGUUUGAAUCUACUGCGAGUCUUCCGUGAGGUAGAGCGUGUUCGCGACAGUCUCCUAGACCAGGACCCGUUUGAGGAUCUGAUCCCGUUCGAGGAGUUUGAGCGUGCCAACGUCGUCGAGCAGCCAUGCAUGACGGACAUGAACAUCCAUAAGAAUUAA